CUUCUCCCCAGGCCCCUGGCAUCUCCAAAGCGGACAGUCAGUCCCAGGGACUUACGACCAGCAUCCGGUGGGGGCAGACGCCCAUCAAUCAGUCCACGCCCUGGGAUACUGAUGAGCCACCCUCCAAACAGAUGAGGGAGAGCGACAAUCCAGGCACGGGGCCAUGGGUGACCACGGUGGCCGCCGGGAGCCAGCCUGCUCUGAUCGCACACUCCUAUGGAGUGGCCCAGCCUCCCACCUUCAGCCCAGCAGUGAACGUCCAGGCCCCGGUCAUUGGGGUGACCCCCUCGCUGCCUCCACACGUGGGGCCCCAGCUCCCGCUGAUGCCAGGCCACUACUCGCUCCCGCAGCCGCCCUCUCAGCCGCUGAGCAGCGUGGUGGUCAACAUGCCUGCCCAGGCCCUGUAUGCCAGCCCACAGCCCCUGGCCGUGUCCACACUGCCUGGUGUAGGGCAAGUGGCCCGCCCAGGACCCACCACUGUGGGCAACGGCCAUAUGGCAGGGCCCCUGCUGCCUCCGCCACCACCAGCCCAGCCAUCUGCCACUCUCCCCAGCGGUGCCCCUGCCACCAAUGGGCCCCCCACGACUGACUCAGCCCACGGGCUGCAGAUGCUGCGGACCAUUGGUGUCGGGAAGUAUGAGUUCACCGACCCCGGGCACCCCAAAGAAAUGUUGAAGGAAUUGAACCAGCAGCGCAGAGCGAAAGCGUUUACAGACCUGAAAAUUGUUGUUGAAGGCAGAGAGUUUGAAGUCCACCAAAAUGUUCUAGCUUCCUGCAGCUUGUAUUUCAAGGACCUGAUUCAAAGGUCGGUGCAAGACGGCAGCCAGUGUGGCCGGGAGAAGCUGGAGCUCGUCCUGUCCAACCUGCAGGCCGACGUCCUGGAGCUGCUGCUGGAAUUUGUCUACACAGGCUCCCUGGUCAUCGACUCGGCCAAUGCCAAGACCCUCCUGGAGGCGGCCAGCAAGUUCCAGUUCCACACCUUCUGCAAAGUCUGUGUGUCCUUUCUGGAGAAGCAGCUGACAGCCAGCAACUGCCUGGGGGUGCUGGCCAUGGCUGAGGCCAUGCAGUGCAGCGAGCUCUACCACAUGGCCAAGGCCUUCGCACUGCAGCUCUUCCCCGAGGUGGCGGCCCAGGAGGAGAUCCUCAGCGUUUCCAAGGACGACUUCAUCGCCUACAUCUCCAAUGACAGCCUCAACACCAAGGCCGAGGAGCUAGUGUACGAGACCGUCAUCAAGUGGAUCAAGAAGGACCCCACAUCCCGGGCACAGCACGCUGCAGAGCUCCUGGCGGUGGUCCGCCUGCCCUUCAUCCACCCCAGCUACCUGCUCAACGUAGUGGACAAUGAGGAGCUCAUCAAGUCGUCGGAAGCGUGCCGGGACCUGGUCAACGAGGCCAAGCGCUACCACAUGCUGCCCCACGCCCGCCAGGAGAUGCAGACGCCCAGGACCAGGCCCCGCCUCUCAGCAGGUGUGGCCGAGGUCAUCGUUUUGGUCGGGGGCCGUCAGAUGGUGGGGAUGACCCAGCGCUCGCUGGUGGCCGUCACCUGCUGGAACCCACAGAACAACAAGUGGUACCCCUUGGCCUCACUGCCUUUCUAUGACCGCGAGUUCUUCAGUGUAGUGAGUGCCGGGGACAACAUCUACCUCUCAGGUGGGAUGGAAUCAGGGGUGAUGCUGGCUGACGUCUGGUGCUACAUGUCCCUGCUCGAUAACUGGAACCUGGUGUCCAGAAUGACAGUGCCCCGCUGUCGGCACAACAGCCUUGUCUACGAUGGGAAGAUUUACACCCUCGGGGGCCUUGGUGUGUCGGGCAACGUGGACCACGUGGAGAGGUACGACACCAUCACCAACCAGUGGGAAGCAGUGGCCCCUCUGCCCAAGGCGGUACACUCUGCAGCGGCCACCGUGUGCGGCGGCAAGAUCUAUGUGUUUGGGGGCGUGAAUGAGGCUGGCCGAGCGGCGGGCGUCCUGCAGUCUUAUGUUCCACAGACCAACACGUGGAGCUUCAUCGAGUCCCCAAUGAUUGACAACAAGUACGCUCCCGCCAUCACCCUCAAUGGCUUGGUAUUCAUCCUGGGCGGGGCUUAUGCCAGAGCUACUACCAUCUACGACCCGGAAAAGGGGAACAUUAAAGCAGGCCCAAACAUGAAUCACUCCCGCCAGUUCUGCAGUGCCGUGGUGCUUGAUGGCAAGAUUUAUGCAACUGGAGGCAUUGUCAGCAGUGAGGGGCCUGCGCUGGGCAACAUGGAAGCCUACGAGCCCGCCACCAACACGUGGACCCUUCUCCCCCACAUGCCCUGCCCCGUGUUCAGACACGGCUGCGUGGUGAUAAAGAAGUAUAUUCAAAGCGGCUGACAGCAGCAGAACGCCCACACGAGACUGUGGACAAGUCUGGUGAGGCAAACGCUACUCACAGUGAUGGAUCUGCAGCAACACCUAGAAGAGGCCGACAGACACAAUCACGAAACCCACUGCGUAAACAUUCGAAUCCUCUCUACAUUGAAUGUAGAAAAUCAUCCUCGCCUUUGGGGGGACGGGGGCUGAGCGCUCGGAGCAGCAGGGGCCACCACCAGAGCGACGGGGCCUCUCGGCUCCUGCGGAAGAACCUGCUCUGAACGGAGGGGCUCCCUCUGCCCGGUGCCACAGAGUUCCACAUAUUUUUCAACUGGGAGAGAGAAGCUGGUUUUUUUCCUUCCUGCAGAGCAAGCUUGACCCCUAAACCACCGCAGAUCAGUUAUCCUAUGACAAAAAUCAGGCGUCAGGCUCUCUUGGAAUAAGAUCAAAGUGUCCUUAUCACUUUGAUUCCUACUUCUGUUUUUAACCAAUCUACACUUCCAAUGGCCGAGAGAGAACAAGGGACGAUCCUGUGUGGCACGGGCCCCAGAGGCCACUGGUCCCCACCGGGGCUGGAGGGACAUGCAGCCACCGUACAGAGGCAGAUGUGGCUGCAGCAGCACUGCAGGGGCAGCUCGGGGAGGAGCUGUCUGCCCUUCACAGGUUUUUCUACCAUGUUUUUGCUGGAGCAGGACAAGAUGAUCAUGCUAGCUUUCCCUUAUCCAAUAUGAAUUAUUUAGAUUUCCAAGGCAUUUUCUUGAUACACAGAAGGCUAUUUUUAAGUACUGAGAGGAGGAGGCCACGAGAGGGAGAACGGGAAUUCCCAAAGCUCUUUGUAGGUAGUGCCAGAGUGGGGCGUUUGCUCUAAUUUUUCUAUGUGCAGAAUAGAGGAGCUCUCCUGGGGGGGGGGAGGGGUAAAUGCCCCCGUUUUAUUUUUAGAAAAAGUGACUCCCAGACAGCCCCCAUAAACGCUGUGCCUCAUUAAGGCACUGUGAGAAAGAAAGAAAAAAAAAAGAGAUUCUGUUCUAGAAGGAAACACCAGUCCAGCUCCCUCCAUGAGGUAAAGCUGAGGACCCAGGCCGGGUGGGAAUGGACGCAAGGAGAAUAGGCGUCUACAAAGCACAGGAGACUAUUUUUGAUAUUUAUAGCUAUAUAUUAAGGCACCGGCCACACGAGCUCUCAGGAUGGGUCCAGCCUUCUUAGACGAGCCAUGUCAGCCAGGGCCUGAGGGCUUGAGCAGCAUCCCUCUCCUUACAGCAUGUUCGCCUGAGAAAGGGAAGCCGGGGGGAGGGGACACCACUGUGGCUCCGACGAGACAGACCCUCAGACCUCACGUGGCGAUGAGUUUCCACUCCAGGGCAAGAGUGCCGCCGCCACUGCGCUGUUUAGUUGAAGUUGGUACCAAAUACACAUUCACCAUUUUUAUAUCUGGGACGUCAACUUGCUGUCAUUUCACGAUAAAAACCAUUUAUAUGGAGACAAGGACAGGACACGCUUUCGUUGUUUCCGUACGCGGUGACACACAAUUCCAGUUCUAAUGUCGAGCAUCAGCUUCUAGCCCUACAAGCGUGGCUCCCACUUGGACAAGAUACUGAGCUUCGUUAUGCAGUUUUUAAUAUUAUUUAUUCUUUUAAAAAGUAAUAAGCACAAAACUACAUACAUUGUAUGUCAUUUAAAGUAUUUAUGUCAAACAGGGUGCAAGUGUGAACCCAAGGACUGGAGCACAAAUUUCUAACUGCCUGGGGCAGGGCUAAUGUUAGCGUUGGUGUGCGUCUGCCUCCAAAGGAGGUGUUAGCGGUCAGCGGGACUCAACACAGAUGGCAUUGAAAUUCCGUUUCUCUCCUCAUCUAUCACACUGGAGCAAAACUGGCUAUUUCUGUGAAUGAUAUAAAACAGGGUUCUCUGUAAUGGUAUUGUACAUAGUAUAUGUUUAUUGUUCUUGUUAUAUUAUAAUAAAUAUAUUUAUAGAUCUAGA